GGGAAACACUGCUCAAGAACCGGAAGUGGGGUGUGCAGCAGGGUUACCAUGGGGUCUUUUUUUUAGGUAUGAGGGCUCAAAAUGAUUUGUGGGGCGAAAUUGAAAAAAAGCUAACAUUUUGGAGGCUUCUGUUUCUACGUAGUGCACUUCUUGGGGGUGUUGGUGAGUUAUAAGCAGAGAGCAGCCAACAUUUGCUAGUGAAGCCAGAAUAGGAGUUUAAGUACAUCUGGCGAAGAGAAUUAUUGUCCGGAGAAGAAAAGAUUAUUGAGAAAAAUGCCGAUCCAGAAGUCAUGCUUCUGCCCUAUCUCCGUAGAAAACUUCUCCUUACUGGAACAAAAUAUGGUUGCGGAGGAGGCGGGUGUGGUGCCUGCACUGUGAUGGUAUCAACAAUUAAUCCAAUUACCAAAAGGAUUGUCCAUUAUUCAGCAAAUGCUUGCCUGCUUCCAGUAUGCUCUCUGCAUGGAGCUGCUAUCACCACCGUGGAAGGAAUAGGGAGUACAACCAGUAGGCUGCAUCCAGUACAGGAAAGAAUAGCAAAAGCUCAUGGCUCUCAGUGUGGUUUCUGUACGCCUGGGAUGGUGAUGUCCAUGUAUAGUUUACUGAGGAACCACCCUCAACCCACCAUGCAGCAGAUCAAUGAAGCAUUGGGAGGUAAUCUUUGCCGUUGUACUGGCUAUCGACCAAUAGUUGAUGGAUGCAGAACAUUCUGCAAUAAAGAGGAUUGCUGCCAACUGAAAGAGAAUGGAACUUGUAAUGUUAAUGGCGACAUAAGUAAGAGUAAUGGAGUAAAUGGAGUCAAUGGACUGAAUGAAGAUCAUGAUUCUGUUCCAGAAGAAGUUUGCUCAGGAUUGUUCAAAGAAGACAACUUCUUGCCUCUUGACCCGACACAAGAGCUGAUCUUUCCACCUGAACUAAUAUUAAUGGACAAUGAAGACAAGAAGGAGCUGAUAUUCCGCGGAGAGCGCAUCAACUGGUUUUCACCAGCCAGUCUCCAGGAGUUACUACACUUAAAAGUACAAUACCCAAAAGCUCCACUUGUCGUGGGGAACACUGCAGUAGGGCCAGAAAUGAAAUUCAGAGGAGUGUUUCAUCCAGUAAUUAUCUACCCUGCAAGAAUUGUGGAGCUCCACCUUGUGACUGAGACUGAGACGGGAAUAACAUUGGGGGCAGCCUGCAGUCUUACAGUUCUAAAAGACACACUAAGCCGCGCUGUUUUAUAUCUGCCAGAGGAUAAGACCAAGCUUUUCCGUGCCCUCUUACAACAACUUGAGACUCUCGGAGGAGCCCAAAUUAGGAACACAGCUUCUUUGGGAGGAAACAUCAUUAGCCGAUCUACAACCUCGGAUCUAAACCCCGUUUUGGCUGCAGGAGGAUGCGUACUAAACCUAGCAUCCAAAGAUGGUACCAGACAGGUUCCUUUAGAUGAAUCUUUUUUUGCAACAUCUGGAACCUCUUUCCCUAGACCAGAAGAAAUCUUGGUAUCUGUACAUAUACCAUAUUCUAGGAAAGGGGAUCAUGUGCUGGCUAUUAGACAAGCCCAGCGUCGAGAAAAUGCCUUGCCGAUUGUUGUUGCUGGAAUGAAGGUUCAGUUUGAAGACAACACAGACAUCAUUAAAACCAUUCGCAUAUUCUUUGGUGGAUUGGGAGCAACAACUGUGUCUGCAAAGAAAACUAGUCAAAAACUAGUUGGAAAGCACUGGAAUGAAGAUAUGUUGAGUGCAGCCUGCAAGCUGAUCUUGGAUGAGAUUCAUCUAAAUCCUUCCGCUCCUGGUGGGAUGGUGGAGUAUAAGAGAACAUUGACUAUCAGCUUCCUCUUCAAAUUGUACUUGGAGGUGCUGCAGGCACUGAACCAACUAGAUCCUAAUAAUACAGGCAUUAGUGCUUUGAAGAAAUUUGAUUCAACACCUUCUAAACACAUUCAGACUUACCAGAAUGUACCCGAAGACCAGCCUGAUCAGGACCCUGUUGGACGACCUAUUGUACAUAGGUCUGGAAUCAAACAUGCCACUGGGGAAGCCAUUUACACAGAUGACAUGCCCCCUUUGGAUGGGGAACUUUACGUGAGGCUUGUCACCAGCUCCAGGGCUCAUGCAAAUAUUGUAUCUAUGAACUUUACAGAGGCUCUAGCCCAACCAGGUGUAGUUGAUAUAAUAACAGCAGAGGAUUUUCCUGGCACAAACGAGUGUACAGUUGAUGAUGGAACAGUCCCAAUACUGGCACAUGGAAAGGUACUGUGCGUGGGUCAGACUAUCUGCGCAGUAUUGGCAAACACAUCAGAUCAGGCAAAGAAAGCCGCUGCCAAAGUCAAUAUUGUUUAUGAGAAUUUGGAACCAGUUAUUCUGACAAUUGAGGAAGCCAUUAAUAAUAAUUCAUUCUACAAACCACAAAGAAAACUGGAAGUGGGAAGUGUGGAAGAAGCGUUUCAGGCUGCUGAUCAAGUGCAUGAAGGUGAAGUCUCUUUAGGUGGACAGGAACAUUUCUACAUGGAGACCCAGAGUAUCCGCGUUGUCCCUAAAGGAGAAGAUGGAGAAAUGGAUGUGUAUUUAAGUACCCAAGAUCCAACUCAUACACAGGGUCUUUUAAGUGCAGUAUUGAACAUACCAGCUAACAGGAUUGCAUGCCAUGUGAAGAGAGUUGGAGGGGCUUUCGGGGGAAAAGUUACAAAAACAGGAUAUCUUGCAGCAAUCACUGCAGUUGCUGCCCACAAGACUAAGCGUGCGGUCCGCUGUGUUCUGGAACGUGGUGAUGACAUGUUAAUUACAGGAGGACGACAUCCAUAUCUUGGGAAGUAUAAAGUGGGGUUCAUGAAUGAUGGCCGUGUGACUGCUUUAGAUGUUUCUUAUUAUAAUAAUGCUGGAUCGACUUCAGACGACUCCGUCCUUGUGGUAGAGGUAGGGAUGAUGAACAUGGACAAUGCCUACAAGAUACCCAAUUUGAGAUGCAAAGGAAGUGCCUGCAAGACUAACCUGCCUUCAAACACUGCCUUCCGAGGAUUCGGGUACCCACAAGCUGCUUUUGUAACAGAAACCUGGAUGAGUGAGAUAGUUAUUAAGACUGGAUUACCACCUGAGAAGGUCAGAGAGAUAAAUCUGCACAGGGGAAUCGGCCAGACCCACUUGAAACAGGAGAUCGAUGCCAGAACUUUGAUCAUGUGCUGGAAUGAGUGCAUUGAGAAGUCUUCUUACCACAACAGAAGACUGGCCAUUGAGGAGUUCAAUAAACAGAACUACUGGAAGAAAAAGGGCUUGGCCAUCAUCCCUAUGAAGUUUCCCAUUGGAUCCAUUGCAAAAUUUUUUGGACAGGCGGCUGCUCUUGUCCAUGUCUACUUGGAUGGAUCGGUUCUGGUCAGUCAUGGUGGUGUAGAACUGGGACAAGGUGUCCACACAAAGAUUACACAGAUUGCAAGUCGCGAACUUCAGAUCCCAAUAUCAAAUGUGCAUGUGGUUGAAACCAACACAGCUUCUGUUCCCAAUACAUUGGUGUCUGGAGGAUCCUUAGGGACUGAUGUGAAUGGCAUGGCAGUGCAGAGUGCAUGCCAAAAACUCAUGCAACGUCUGGAACCCAUUAAAGAGGCAAACCCUAAAGGUUCAUGGAAGGACUGGGUGAAUGAAGCAUUUUUGCAGUCGAUAAGCCUCUCUGCUACAGGCUACUUCAGGGGAUUUGGUAGAGAAAUGGACUGGGAAAAAGGAGAAGGUAACCCAGCUCACUACUUUGUAUUUGGAGCUGCUUGUUCUGAGGUUGAAAUAGACUGCCUGACCGGAGAUCACAAGAAUCUCCGCACAGACAUUGUUAUGGAUAUUGGAACCAGUAUCAACCCAGCUGUGGACAUAGGACAGAUUGAAGGUGCUUUUGUUCAAGGCCUUGGACUUUUCACGAUUGAAGAGCUUAAAUUCUCUCCUCAAGGCAUACUGUACACCAGAGGCCCAGCUCAAUAUAAGAUUCCUUCUGUUUGUGACAUCCCAGAACAGUUCUACGUUUCCCUGCUCACCAAUGUCCCAAACCCUCAUGCCAUAUACUCUUCUAAGGGUGUUGGAGAACCAGCUUUGUUCUUGGGUUCAUCUAUAUAUUUUGCUAUAAAAGAUGCUAUAACAUAUGCACGAAAAGAGAGAGGGAUGUCAGAGCUCUUCACUUUGAACAGUCCUGCUACCCCAGAGAAGAUAAGAAUGGCCUGUGGAGACCAGUUCACCAAUAUGAUACCAAGAAAUGCACCUGGCACCUAUGUCCCUUGGGCUAUCAAUGUUUAAAGAGAUUUGCUGUAAUGCAAUACAUGUUGUUUUUCUCAUAUUUUUGUAAUUUUUAUGUUUCUGUGUUUAUAUUUCCUAAAAGUGUUUGCCCACCUCAUUGUUUCAGUUCCCUGCAUAAUUCUCUCACUUCUUGGUUUGGGUACAGGCUGGAACAUUAAAAUUAGCGAGAAUGGGAGAGUAAAACAGUGUACACUGUAAUCUUUGUACAUGUAUAUAAAAACUAAGAUAACAGUAACACUGAGCUGGCGCACUAUGGGAGCCCUUACCAGGAUUCUGCAGUUUUGAAUGCUUCGAGCAAUUUUCAUCAAUCAGAGGGCUCUAGGGCUGGUGUACGGUGCCUGAGCCUUCCAACACCAUAUCAAGGUGCAUUAAUCAGCAGACAUGUAGGGUAUAUUGAAAAAUCUUCUCACACCAGUCAGUAGGAGACCACUCUUGUCCCCUUGGCCUCCCUUGCACUUGUUCCCCCUUGUACAUAUGUUUCACCAAUUAUUGUAUUAUAAAAUUUGUAAAGAGGUGUUAUAAUUUUAAGAAGGUUGUCAUGUGAUUGUUACCCAGGAGGUAUCAGUGACCAGAUGACCCAAGGGUGGCCUAUGGGCUCCCUGCUAGUCUCUUCCAUAUAAGCCCUGGGAGGAGCUAGCUCAUUCUCUUUCUGCUAAGUGGUUGUCCAGUGCAGUCGAGUCUAGGUGUGUUGAAAAUAAAAGGAAAAAGGAGAGGCGCGCUCCUAGUGUGAUACUGUUUGAGGCAGAAACGGGUACAUGCGAGUUAGAUGCACCUUACCGUGGUUAGUUGUGCUGCGGGCACAACACCUUUGUAAGCCUUCAGAUAGCAAGAAGCCGUUGGUAUCCCUGGUCCGAGAUCCAAGCGUACGGUGGCGUUAGGUAGGUGGCUGCCUCUGCAUCCCUAACCGUGACUGGCAAGUCCGGUUCUAACGUAUAGGAAUAGGGAGAAAAAUUGGGAUGAGAUCCGGCGCCUCCUCC